AUGCCUAAAAACAUAAUUUAUUUUGGCGCCAAAGAACUGGAUCUUUCUUCAAAUGGAAUCUUUACAUUGAAAGAAUCCCUGGGUAACAGCACAAAAAACUUGACCUUCCUUGGAGUGAAACAUAACCAGCUCCAAUGGGUUGACAGAUCUGUGUUGGAGUCAUUCACAAAUUUGAAAGUUUUUCUUGUGAAAGCCAAUCCCUGGCAAUGCAGCUGCAACAUAAUGGGGCUCAAACUUUGGCUUGAGAACUUUCUAUACAAAGGAGGAAUACUUGAUGAGCUAAUCUGCAAAAGCCUAGAUAACCGAAAAGGAAGAGAUCUCCUUAAAAUUCCUUUUGAGAUAUAUAAGAGUUGUCCACCUAUGACAGCCCCCUAUGUGAUGGCUAACAUUCAUCAUCAUAACAUAGAGCACAGGAGUAAUGGGAAACACGGUCUCCAUGGAGAUUACGGAGAUGGUGGAACCCAUUCAGAAUGUGAACCGAAACCAAAACCUCGUCCAGCCAAUUUGCGACAUGCCAUAGCCACCGUAGUAAUAACUGGGGUUGUUUGUGGAAUUGUGUGUCUAAUGAUGAUGGCAGCUGCUAUUUAUGGUUGUGCGUAUGCUGCAAUUAUGGCUAAAUACCACAGGGAACUCAAGGAAGUGGAACACUUGGCUCCAGUAAAUGAACAUGGGAGUCCGGAGGAAAAAGAACCGCUUGAUAACUAUUUGGCUUGAUCUAAAUUUGACUAUGGUUUUUAAGAAGUAAAGAGAAAAAA